GGGAUAAAAGGCAAGGGCGCAGGCGCCGGGAAGGCUGCCUCGGCGUUCUCUUGGCAGCGCGGUGGGUGCCUGGUUCUGUGUGGUAACAGCAGGGCGAUGUCUGGGCGCGGGAAGCAGGGCGGUAAAGUCAGGGCCAAGGCCAAGUCGCGCUCGUCGCGGGCCGGGCUGCAGUUCCCCGUGGGCCGCGUGCACCGGCUGCUGCGGAAAGGCAACUACGCGGAGCGGGUCGGGGCUGGAGCGCCCGUCUACAUGGCGGCCGUGCUGGAGUACCUGACGGCCGAGAUCCUGGAGCUGGCGGGCAACGCGGCCCGCGACAACAAGAAGACGCGCAUCAUCCCCCGCCACCUGCAGCUGGCCAUCCGCAACGACGAGGAGCUCAACAAGCUGCUGGGCAAGGUCACCAUCGCGCAGGGCGGGGUGCUGCCCAACAUCCAGGCCGUGCUGCUGCCCAAGAAGACCGAAAGCCACAAGGCUAAGAGCAAAUAACCUCAGCCAACGAAGCUGCUCAGGUUUUUUGAAAGCAUAAUAUAACCCAAAGGCUCUUUUCAGAGCCACCCACGCAGUCAGAAAAGAGUUGUGUUGCUUCUUUGUGAUAGUGCUUUUGGUUUCUAGGGUUUCUUCUUUGCUGCCUUUGUUUUCACAGAGUUAAAUCUAUGGUCUGUAACAGUGUCUCAAUUUUAGGUUCCUACAUAAGAUGUCAGAUACUUAAUUAUAACUCAUCCUUUUCAACAAAGAAAAGCUGAAUAUAUUUGCAGUUUUGUACUAGAUGCUUUUUUUCUUGUAAGUACUUGUUUUAGUCAAUCUGUUCAACAUUAUUGACCUUCUAAAUUGCAUGUUACGGGUUUAUGCUGUGAAAUUAAGGGGGGUGAGAGGUAGCUAAAAGGUGGGGAAAAUACCAUGGUACGUUGUAAGAAAAUAGGUGAAUGACCUGACUCCACGUAACUAUAUCUAACAA